CCCUUUUAUACAUUAUGGGUGCUUUGCAACUUACUAUUAAAACGCUUCAACAAAAGCAAUUUAAACUUGACGUUGAUAGUGCUGAUACUAUCCUUUCUGUCAAGGAAAAGAUCCAAGAGGCACAAGGUCAUCCUGUUGCUCAACAAAAGCUUAUUUUUUCUGGUAAAAUUCUUGUUGACGAUAAAAAGGUUGAAGAAUACAAUAUCAGUGAAAAGGAUUUCUUGGUUGUGAUGGUAUCCAAGCCUAAGGCUACUUCUGCCUCGUCCUCUAAACCUAGUACUCCUGCACCUGCUCCUGCUACACCAAAGGAACCAGAAGCUUCCCCCGCUCCUGUUGCUGCUCCUGCUAAUGAAUCUUCUGCUCCUGCUCCUGCCACUGAUUCUGCCCCUGCUGCUCCUGUUGAAGCAACUGCUACCAAUACUACUACAGCCACAGAAACAAAUACGGAUAGCAAUUCUCAAUUAGUUACUGGAAACCAACUUGAAAGUGUUGUUCAGAAUAUGAUGGAAAUGGGUUUUGAACGUGAACAAUGUUUGCGUGCUCUUCGUGCUAGUUUCAACAACCCUGAUAGAGCUGUUGAAUAUCUUUUCAAUGGUAUUCCUCAACAUGUCUUGGACGAAAUGAACACUCAACAACAGCAACAACAACAACAGCAGCAGCAACAGCAACAACAACCUCUACAAGCACAACCACAACAAGCUGAAGAAAUGGCAUCACCUACUACUGCCACAGCUACUUCUCCUGAUAGUAAUGCUCCAUUAAACUUAUUUGCUGCUGCUGCACAACACCAACAACAGCAACAACACCAACAACAACAACAGGGCGGCGCUCAAUCUGAUUUCACUAAUUUGAGAAACACACCUCAUUUCCAACAAAUUCGUCAACUAGUUCAAUCCAAUCCUGCUUUACUUCAACCUCUACUUCAACAAUUGGGUCAAAGCAACCCUGAAAUUCUUCGAUCCAUUAAUGCUGAUCCCAGUGGAUUUUUGCAGGCUUUAUUAGAAGGUACUGAAGAUGAAGAAGGUGGUGCACCUAGUGGAUCCUCUAUGAUUCAAGUCACUCAAGAAGAGAAAGAAGCCAUUGACAGAUUGGUAGCAUUAGGAUUUGAUCGCAACAUUGUCAUUGAAGCUUAUUUUGCUUGUGACAAGAAUGAAGAAUUAGCAGCCAAUUACUUGUUUGAACAUGGAAAUGAAGACUUUGAAUAAAAUUCUUUUUAAAAUAAACACCUUACUUUAAAUACUGA